AUGCGUUCCUUUCUUUUCGGUGGCUUCGUAGCCUUGAGCUCGACGCUCGGCGCCUUUGCGGCAAACUACAACUCCUCCGCCUACAGUGACUCGGCAUCCGGGAUCGACUUUCAGAGAUGGUGCGAUGAGGAUACUGGAUUCUGCUUCGGUCUGGCUCUCCCGGAGACCGUAGGAACCGACUUUGUUGGUCAACUGGUGGUCCCGCUGGACAGCUCGAAAGGAUGGGGUGGUGUCAGUCUGGGUGGCUCCAUGACCUCGGCUCUUUUGAUCGCUGCCUGGCCAAAUGGGAAUUCGGCUGUGUCGAGUCUGCGCAAGACAACCACCUAUGCCAACCCGGACGUAUACAGCGGAGACGCCAGUCUCACCGAGAUCGCCGAGGGCACUUCCGUCAACAGCACUCAUCUCACUUAUACUUUCCUUUGCAGUGGCUGCAUCCUCGGACAACCAGCGACAUUCGAUGCCACCGAUGAAACGUACUUCCUUGGCUGGGCCCUCAGCAAGACCAGCCCUACCACUCCUGCCUCGGCUUCUUCGGCUUUGACAUACCAUGCCGCUGGCUUUGGUAGCUUUGAGAUGCUCCUCGGCCAGGCCAAGUCCUCCAAGUACUCCACCUGGGCUGCCAUGGCCAAGUCGACUGGCGGAUCGCCCUCCAGCACUCCUUCCGCGUCUGCGUCUGUCACCGCGUCCCCUAGUCGCAGCCCUGUUGCCACCGUGACCCCGACGGUUUCGAACUCCACAUACGACUACAUCGUUGUGGGAGGCGGUGCGGCUGGUAUCGUGGCUGCGGAACGCCUGGCGGAGGCAAACAAGCGCGUUCUGCUGAUCGAGCGUGGAGUUGCCCCGACUGUCGAGAUGGGUGCGUCUGACGCUCUUGCAUGGAACAAGACCCUGGCGCCCGUGGAUAUCCCAGCCCUGAACCAGGCACUUACCACUCUUGGUGUCGUUGGGGAUUACCUGUGCUCAGAUACAGCCGGCAUGGCGGGAUGUGUUCUCGGAGGCGGCACGAUCGUCAACGCGAUGGCCUUGAUUUACCCACAGGAAGCAGACUUUGACGACAAGUGGCCUGCCGGCUGGAAGUGGCAAGAUGUCAAGAAUGCCGCUGCCCGCUUCUACGAGAGAAACCCGGGAAGUCUCCUCCCGUCCGCUGACGGCCGCCGAUACGAUCAGGGCAUGUACACCGUGCUGUCUUCCUUUUUGAGCGGUCUCGGAUGGAAGUCUGUUGAUCAGCACAAGCAGCCCAACGAGAAGCACAAGGCGUUUAGUUACCCGUCCUGGUCGGUCGCCGAUGGCAUCCGAGCUGGUCCUGUGCGUACCUACCUCCCUUUGGUCCAAAACAAGGACAACUUCACCCUGCGUCUGCAGACCACGGUCCGCCGUCUGAUCCGCACGGGCGGCCACGUCACCGGCGUGGAGGUUCAGAACGCCUCGGGAGGUAUUGAGCUCAUCCGGAUCCGUCCAGGUGGCAAGGUCAUCCUCGCUGCGGGUGCUCUGUCCACGCCUCGCAUCCUCUUCAACUCUGGUAUCGGCCCUGCCAACCAGAUCAAGACCGUCCAGACCGGCAGUACCGGAAUCACCCUCCCCGCUCAGGACUGGAUCAACCUCCCUGUUGGCCACAACCUCAAAGACCACCCCAUGUUCACCAUCAAAGUCAGCACCGGCGCCAACUUCACGGCCUUCAACACCUCCAGCGUCAUCCCCGCCACCAACUCCCUCGCGCAGCGCAUGUACGCCAGCGGCUCCGGCAUCCUCACCCAAGGCGGCCACCGUCUGCAAUUCUGGAGCUCAAACGUCGCCAGCGACGGCGUCACCCGCUCCUACCAGGCCUCCUGCAGCCCCGGCGGCGACGGCGUCAUCACCAUGAAGCUGUACCUAACGCACGGCGCCACCUCCUCCGGCGUCCUAGGCAUCAACGCCGCCGGCUCCACAACCAUCGAAACCGAUCCCUGGCUGCAGACAGCUGAGGACAAGGAGGCCCUUACAUCGUUCCUGCAGGAGCUCCUCGACGACCUCAAGAAAGCCUCCUACACCGUCCAGGAUUACACCUCCGCGGCCGAGAUCCUCGCCAAAAUGACCAGCGGCGACCACUUCGUCGGCACAGCCAAGAUGGGCACCGACGACGGCCGCCGCAACGGCACGUCCGUCGUGGACACCAACGCCAAGGUCUACGGUACCGACAACUUAUACAUCGUCGACGCGAGUAUCCACCCGGAUUUGCCAACCGGCAACACCCAGGCCAUCGUCAUGAUCGCCGCCGAGGCCGCCGUCGCCCGUAUCCUUGCGCAGGGCAGCGGCCCCGGCUCCUCCAGCGUUGUUGUUUCCGCCCCGAGCCAGAACACCGCCAUUGCUUCCGCGUCCAACACUGAGAUUGCAGUUCCUGCUCCUACGGGUGGUCGGGAAACCCCUGUCGGGGGUGGAGCUGUGACCUCCGCUGCGGCGGCUACCGAAACCGAAACAGCAGCUGCUUCUACGACAGCCAAGGCCGAGGGCGGUGGUGUGGCUACCGUCACGGAGUGGGUGACGUCUGUGGAUGUGGUUACCGUGACCAAGCAGGUUGUUGUGACUGCUACCACGACCGUGACCGUUCUGCCUACGUUUGCCUAG